UAAUGGGUAUUUAUAUGUUAAUUUGGUUUUUUUUGCAGGGUGUAGCUGGGAAUCCAAUGGUGAAAUCUGUGCUUGAUAAAACAAAACAUUCAGUAGAAAGCAUGAUUACAACGCUGGACCCUGGAAUGGCUCCAUAUAUCAAAUCUGGUGGUGAACUGGAUAUUGUAGUGACCUCAAAUAAAGAAGUGAAAGUUGCUGCUGUUCGAGAUGCCUUCCAGGAGGUCUUUGGCUUGGCUGUGGUUGUAGGGGAAGCUGGACAAUCCAAUAUUGCCCCACAACCAGUGGGAUAUGCAGCUGGAUUAAAAGGUGCCCAGGAACGGAUAGAUAGUUUGCGUCGAUCGGGAGUGAUCCAUGAAAAGCAGAUUGCUGUGUCCGUAGAAAACUUCAUUGCAGAGUUGCUGCCUGACAAAUGGUUUGACAUUGGUUGUUUGAUAGUUGAAGAUCCUGUCCAUGGUAUUCAUCUAGAAGCAUUUACACAAGCCACACCAGUGCCUUUGGAAUUUGUACAGCAGGUUAGUUUUUUCCUUGUCGUUUUACACUCUAGAGAAACAUCAUGAUUUUUCUUUUUUUCU